ACAGAGGGGAUUCUGCCCGGUGAAGGUGCAUGAAAAGGCCACGGACGGGCUUUGAACCUGUGAUGACUGGUGUAUGAGGUUCUUUGAGAGACUACACAUUAACUGGUGUUACCUGAAGUUUGCUGUCCUCAACCUCGACUGAGCUGCAACACCUGGACUUCACCCUGUCGUCUAUCCCUGCGGUCAGCUCAUUUUGUCAGCACUGGACAUUGACUUGACUUGUUUAAACAGAAUCUUUAUUUCCAAACAUUACACAAGGACAAGUAAAGAUUAACUGUGUUCCAAUGAAGGUGGGGUUGGGAGAAUCACAACAUAAAAACCUCCGACUUCAGCCCGUCUGAAGCAGGACUUCUGCAGCACACUUGCUCGGACAGAAUGCAACUUUCGGCCGUCCUUCUCCUCGUCGCCGCCUCGGCGGUGCUGGCUGGCAGCGUCACCAUCAAGAGCCUGGUGUUCCCUGCUGAGACCAGUACCAGCUAUGUUGAGAUGGUUCCUCAGAAGCCCCUGAGCCUCCGGGCCUUCACUCUGUGCAUGCGGUUGGCCACAGAGCUGCGUGGCGAGCGGGAGGUCAUCCUGUUUGCGUAUCGGACGGGCGACUACGACGAGCUGAACGUGUGGCGUGAGUUGGACGGCAGGUUGUCCUUCUACCUGAGUGGAGACGGAGUCAUCUUCCAAGUCCCUGAGCUUGGAGCCCUGCAGACCCACCUGUGCUUCACCUGGGAUUCUGGUUCAGGUGCUGCUACGCUCUUCAUGGACGGGAAGAAAAGCUUGACCAAAAUCUACAGGACAGGUCACACCAUCCGUCCCGGAGGAAAGGUUCUCCUCGGACAAGACCCGGAUAACUACCUGGGUGAUUUUGAUGCCAAACAGAGUUUUGUUGGAGAGAUCUAUGACGUGAACAUGUGGGACUCCGUCCUCUCAGACAGCAACAUCCAAAACUUGUUCUCAGGGAAGAGAGUGCCGAGAGGAAACGUCUUCGACUGGGAGACCACACAGCUUAAGAUUAACGGGAACGUGCACGUUGUGAACCGUGAGCUGUAAUGAUGUGAGAAGGUCGCGUCUCACCUGUAAGACGCACAGUACGCAGGUCAUUAAUGCUGUCGGUGUCACACUGUGAUUCUUCUCACUCUAAUAAAACCUCAUGCUGGAAGUGUGUGUCGUGAGUGUGUUUGAUGACGAGGUCACACUGAAGCUGCAUGAUGGAGACGAAGACACCGGACUACCAGUCAGGUGGUGAAUUAGCUGCUUUGUGAUCACCUUAUUCAAAAAACCGAAACAGAAAAUACUUACAGUUCACACUCCUGAAAUAAAAUGUCUGAAUCCUUGAAUCAGGG